AUGUCAUCACGCGGAAAAUUAAUGCUUCAAAUGGUGAAAGAGAUGAGCGAGGAAACUACUGAAUGUGAGCCCCAUAGUGAAAAUAAUAUAAAACCUAAGAGUCAAGUUUUUUCUUUGGAGCCUUUGCAACAAGAAAACAACAAUGUAACCACAAGCAGCAUUGAUUCUUCACAUCAGAAUAUUUUGGUUUAUUCUGUGGCACCUUUGUUUGAAGAUGAUAGUGAGGAAUGUAACAAUGCAGCCAAAAUCAUAUCUGAUUCUCUGGAUAAUCAGCAUGAUAUGCAUAAUGUGGCAGGUCCAAGUAGGGGUAGUUAUUUUUAUCAACACGAUGAUCAUGAGGUGGAAUUAGCUGAUGAUGAUAGUGACGACUCCUCAUUGAUUGGCGAAUCAAGUGGUAGCGAAUAUGAACCUUCCGAAUUAGAAAAUGAGGAAAACGAACCAGAGGAUGAGCAAGAAAACGAACCAGAUGGAGAGCAAGAAAAUGAACAACAAAUUGCACAUUGUAAUGACACAGAUUGUGGAGUUCCAAAGACCAAUACAAAUUUGACGAGUAGGGGCACAAAAAGGAUUAAAACGUUCCCAGUUAAAGAAAAAACUUCAAGACGAAGGAUAAGAAAGCCAGAUACGUGGAAAAGGCGAUCAGCAGCAAUUAAAAGGGAAAGGGGAGAAAGUUACAUUUCCUAUAAAAAUCAAAGCGUACCUGCAAAAACUUUCUGCUCUGAAUGUUUAUGCAAUGAACGCUGUAGACUCAAAUGCAGCACAAAGUUCGAUUUAGAUUCACGAAAACUAAUAUUUGAAGGCUUCUAUAAACUUGACAUAAACGCAAAAAAUGCCUUAUUGUUUAGAAGUAUCACACCUUUACCCAUUGUUCGUCAACGUAAAAAUGCUAUUAAGCAUAAAACUUCUUCUUAUAAAUACAGCAUGAUAUUAAAUAACCAACAAGUGUUUGUGUGUAAAUCAGCUUUUUGUGCCUUGUACCAAAUAAGCCGUAAAAAAGUUGAUAUAAUAAAAGAAAAGCUGAAAACUGGAAGCUCAGUCCCAUCUAAAGAUAGACGAGGUAUUCAUACAAACAGGCCCCACAAGAUUAAUGACGAUGUAGAGCAAGCUAUUAUGACUCAUAUAAAAAAGUUUCCAUCAGAGGAAAGUCAUUACUCACGGGAAAGCAACCCACAUAAGAGGUAUUUAGCUCCAAAUCUUAAUAUGUCACUUAUGUAUAGACUGUAUAUUGAAGAAUGCAGAGAACAGAAUAUGCCUGGCUGCUUUUUAGUUAAAAAGUCAACAUAUUCAAGAAUUUUCUCAACAAAAUUCAAUCUAUCAUUUUCUCAUCCGAAAAGUGAUACUUGCAGUAAGUGUGACGCUGGAAAUUCAAAUGCAGAACAUGAAGAAAAUGUUCAACUAGGCUUUCAGUUGAUGUCCAGAGACCGCGAACGUGCUUUAAAAGAUGAAAAGGUGUGCUACAUAACGGUUGACUUACAACAAACUAUGCCUUUACCGAAAAUCACCACGUCUAAAGCAUUUUAUCUUAGACAGAUAUGGUUUUAUAACUUGGGCAUUCACGUUAUCACAACUGCAGGGCAUAAAUCAGUUAUGCAAACCUGGACUGAAGAUAUAGCCGGCAGAGGAAGCACAGAAGUUGUAAGCAGCUUAUGGAAUUUUGUGCAAACUUGUGAAAACGUAAAGGACAAAGAACAGCUUGUUGUGUGGUCAGAUUCAUGUGCAGGCCAGAACAAAAAUUUUCAAAUGAUUUGCUUUUUCCAGCUAUUGAUUUUGAAAGGUGUUUUCAAAGUUAUUGAUCACAAGUUUCCAGAGGUUGGCCAUACUUAUUUAGACUCAGAUCGAGACUUUGGUAGAAUAGAGAAAGUUCUAAGGAAACAAAGCAAUAUUUAUACCCCAGAUCAAUAUAGGCAACUAAUUAAAACAGCCUGCACAAGAAAUUCGACGGUUAAUGCCAUGGAAUCAUACUUUCGAGACGCUGAAAGUUUACCAAACAAAAUGGGACUGAUUCACAAAAAAAAAAACGUUUUAAAUGAAAAAGUUCCCUUUAGAGACGGCAUUAAAUGGAUUCGGGUUGUUGAAUUCGGAAGUUACCUAUAUAAGGAAUCAUAUGAAUAUGUUCCCUUUAAGAAAGUUUCCCUAUUCAAAAAUAACUCUCCACCUGCAAACUAUGUGCCUCCUACUGAUAUUGAGUUUCCUAGAAUUGGUCACAAAAGAGGGAACAUAUCAGAAAAAAAAAUUGCUAACAUUCGUGAGCAAAUGCCUUUUAUCUUAGAAGAACAUAGAGGCUUCUAUGAAAAUAUCAUUGGUAUUCAAGAAGAGCCCAAGCCGAAAAAAGCACGACGUACCAAAUAA